UAUGUUCAGCAAAGUAUAAAGAAUAUCACAGAAGAUCUGAGUAACUACAAGAUGGCAUAUGUAAAUCAUGAAGACAUUUGUAACUGCUUCCAAGGAGACACUCUCCUGGCCAUCCAGGCACCCUCAGGAACGCAGCUUGAAGUUCCUAUUCCUCAAAUGGUUAAUGGUGACAAAAAAUAUCAAAUUCACCUCAAGUCAGAAAGUGGCCCUAUCUAUGUCUUGCUAGUCAACCAAGAGCAGGAGCACACUCCACCUCUGGUUGUGCAGGUUCCUCCUCCAACUGGUGUAAUGAAACAAGAGACUGAACCACGGGGUAUAAAGAGAUCCUCCUCCCCUCCCUGUAGCCAGGCACCUUUCACUCGCCCACGUUCCACCCCGCAGAAAGGCACAACUGCACAUACUCCACCCACACGAAGUCCUUCUCAUCCAGAGGGUGUAGAUAGUGUAGAAACUGCUUCUGUAUCGCGUCGGGUGCCACGCAAAGCAUCAGCAGGAGUUAGUAGUGUAACAGAAGCCUUAGCUCCUAGAAGAGCGCGUAAAAGACAAGAACAGGCAGCAGCAGCUGCAGCUGCAGCUAUUUCAUCAACACAGCCAGCUGAAGUAGUAAAACAUGAGAAGGUUGAAGAUAUGCUCCCUAUGCCUGUAGCAAAUAUAAAACAAGAACUUCGAGAGGAUAGCUUUGUGAACACAAAUAUUUCCCACACAACCGACACAAUGCUGUCAACAAUGGGAGAAGGCCUUGUAGAAGAAUUGAUAUCUGCAGAAAUGUUUGCUCCUCUCCUGCGAUUAAGCCCCCCUCCAUCGGAAAGAGACUACAUGUUCAACUUAGAUGAAACUGAGGGUGUCUGCGACUUCUUUGACGUUCCAGUAUUGAGUUCUCUUGAAAGUGAUUUGCAAUGAAGUUUGUGAUGGAACUGGCAAAGUUGGUGGGCACAUUUGUGGAUAGUUGCAUUUGGAAAGCAUCCCUUGAUUAUGUUUUGGGCAUGUAAUGCUAAAAAGUUACCAAGGGCAUUGAGAUGGUGUAAUGUUAUGUUGUAAUAUAUAAUUGUUGGAGUAAUAUUCUAUUUAUUGAUGACUGUUAACAGUAUUUAGGUGAAUGAAAAAGAGGAUAAAUAAGUUAUAUAAACCAUUCAAGAAAUUGGUUGUUGAUGUUCAAAGUGGUACAUGGUUCUUUUGUAAAGUCCUUUUCCAUAUUUUUGUUAUUUCAGAAUAAAUUCAAAGGAAGUAAGAAGUGGUAAGGGACAAGAAAAUACUGAACAAAUGAUUCUACCUUUGUGGUGCGGCAGUUAAUCCAGGACUUGAUGUGACUCUGGCCAUUGACUUUCAGUUAAUUCCAAAGAAAGUUGUAGGAGUCCUCAAAGAUACCCUUUGUUGUUAGAUAAAGGGAUGAUGUUCUGAUGUGUCCUUGCAGAUCUUUUGUGCAAAGUUAUGUAUGGUCAGAUCUGAAAGGAAAAAAAAUAGAGCAGCAAAGUGAUAGUUUUGACCCCUUUAUUUUUAUAACUUCUAAUGGGAGUAAACUAUAAAACUGUCAGUCAAGCAGGUCUUGGAAGUUUUAAACUGCUGGCAUGCAGUCCUUGUGUACUUGAAAUAUUUUGUCACCCUUUACCUUUUUUUCACCCUUAGUUUUCUUGUAAAGAAAGUUUGGUUACAGAAAAUUUUGUUCUCAAUGUUCAUGUAAUUUUCAGCGUUAUCAUCAUACAAGGUAUAAGUAGUUCUUGCACUGAUAUGAAUUUUAUUAUUUGACAACCUGUAUUAUUUGUUUCAAAGCAAAACAAAAAUAUAUGCAUAGAUUAUCUAUGUAGAAUCCUCUUUAUUUAAAACAUUUUGUGCAUAAAGAUAUGUACAUAUGGGCUUUGAAAAAUAUUCUAGCAAAUAUGAAAACGUUUUUUAUGAGAAUAACACGGAAAAAACGAAAUGGUGAAUUAUGUGAAUCUGAAGUAAAAUAUUUUACUCUUAUAUGAUUAUGAAGCCACUCUGGCUCAGAAAGGUUGUCCAUGAUCUCUUGGUAACUGUGAUGAGGAAAGUGUAGCAGUGUUUAUGACAAGAAACACAUUAGCUUCAGAUUGGAGUCUGUAUACCAUACCUUAGUAACAUGCUCCAAUGAUUAUUUUCGUGCUUGCUUAGGAAAAGUUGUUAUACAGGUGAAUUGUACUUUUUAGCAAGUAUGAGCGGAAAUGUUGCUAUCCAUUGUACAUUGCAUCUACCAAAGGAUACUUUACCUUUAUAGAAAGGUUACCUCUGUCAUCAGAUAGCUACAGUUGUGCACUAGAUCAGUAUUUUUACAGAGUUGAGGAGAGCCUGUGUGGUAUAAAUUUCUGGAUUUCAAAAGUUGGUCUGAAAUUUAUUCAGAACAGUGAGUUCUUAGUGACUUGCAGUGUAGUGAUUCAGAAAAGUGGCUGAUCUAGGGACUUGCUGCCUAUGAAGAUGAAUGAGAUCUUGGUACAUUUACACUACCAAGUGUAUGAGGUGCCAGUACAAGUACAAAUUGUAACAAUAUAACCUAUAAUGACCUCAGCAGUAUGAUAAUAGGAUUUCUGUAUUAUUAUUAUUAUGACUUUAUUAUUUUCAUUCUAUUAUUAGUUCUUUGCUUGUAUUGUGUUACUAUUAUUGAUGAUGGAAUCAUUGUUAAUAUUAAUAGAUACAUUAUUUAUUCACAGAUAAAUGUGCUAGAUGGCAGUUGAAUUCAAUGUUUUUGCUUGUGUAACAAGAGCUGCGAUCAUUAUAGGUAUUAGGUUACAGGUUAUAAUCUAGGAUGACUUGCUUGGUUGUUACUCAGUGCUGUACAUGCAUUAUUACUACCAGCCCAAACCUUUCAGCUUUAUGUACAGAAAUCUAACAGUCCAAGUGCAAAUGUCUUGUCUUAAAGUCUGUUAUAGUUGUCUGAAAAAUAUUGAUUCCUAAAGUAUUUUGCAAAAUGGAAAGGAUUCAGUUAGUAGUCAUGCAGAUACUUUAUUUGUAUGAAUAUCAUAUGACCUAUCCAUACCUUGUGGCAUGGUUUCUGAAGGUUAUUGAUGUUAACAUUCCAGUUGUACUGCAGAUGGAAGAAGUGGUAUUUGUAUUUCUUGUUAAAAAGGAUAUGAAACAUACCCUCUUUUUCUUCUUCCUUUCUCUCUCUCUCUCUCUUGCUUUUGUCACAACAUAAACAGGGAUAUUAUUUUUCACUCUAUUUCAAAGGUGACCUUCCAUUUGUUAUGCUUAAUGGAAAAAAGUAUUUGUGUAGCAUUACUACAGCACCAACAGUUUUUCCAAAUUUAUUUCAACAUUUAUUUACCUUUUCAGUAUGCAUUUAUGUUUUAACCAUUACUUUUUUCAGUUGUGGAAUUUAGAAUUGAUUGUUCAAGAUCAAAAACAUUGCUUGACCUUGUUGAAUUUCACUACAGGUUUUCAAAAUUGUAUUGAAAUGCACUGCUUUUCUUUUAAGAUUUAAAAAGGUCCUGUACUUGUGAAGCAUGUGUAGGAUUAAAGACUUUACAACUCAGAUGUUCAGUCUUAUACUUCAGAUGUCCAAAUAUAUGCUAUAAUGCAUAGUGAUAUGCAAAUAUAUAAGCAAUUUAUGGUAUUAGUUAGGGAAUUAUAAUUUAUAAUUUUUCCCAGGCACACAUUCUUUUCCAAAACAUUUUAAGUUCAAAUUACCACUGAGUUCAGUCUUAUGGCAAAACGUUUCAAAUGUACAACAUCAGGGGAUGGGUUCAACAUACCAUAAAAGAAUACUAGGCGUGUGUAACACACAUGUAUUGUGAAUUUUGAGAGGUAGAACGUGCGAUUUGUGAACAGAAUUGUAAAUAAGUGACAGAUAAUUGUACAAAUACAUCUAGAUUUUUUACACUAGGUUGUAUCUUAUUUUACACUGAAGAAAAUAAGGAACUGAAGGUUACUGAAAAGGAAAUUAAGAAGAGAUCCUCUCCCAUGCAUGGCACCAGUAGAGUAACGGAAUGCAAGCCAGUCUAGUAAGUUGUGUAAAUAACACCAUGUUACUGUGUUAAGUUAAUUCUUUUGUACAAAAUAAAAAAGAUGUAAUUCAAA